CGCAGCAGGCCAAGCUAACUCACUUUUUUUCUUCUUCUUUUGCCGUCACCUUCCUUCAUUGCUCUUCAUCAAGAGUCUGACAAUCCUUUUACUCGCUCGCCGACACGCUCUCCAGCCUUCUCAUGGCGCAUUAUCCCGACUCAGACGACCUGUCCCUCUACCACUAUCAGACAAAGUCGCAGUAUUUCCAAGAGCCGCAGUCCGAAGUCAAGGCAUCCUAUGAUGAUCUCAUUGACGAGUAUGCUUCUCCCUUUGCCGCCAAUGCCCACCACAAGACAUUUGCCGUCGAAACGCCAACAAUGGGCUCACCGCAACACCGCAGGGGUCCUUCGACGCCAAUGAAGACUACUUUUUCCUCAAAGCAGUCCGACGACACCUUCCACGAUCAGCCGCAGCCUCUUUACCCGCCUCUACCGGCGAAGGAGAUGGAGAAGCAACGGUGGUAUCAAUGUGCCAAUAUAAUUCCAGAUUCAAUAGCGUGUCGCCUAUACGUCCUGACAGUUCUCAUCGAAACAGCAAUAGAUCUUGCUAUCGAAGGGGAACUACUCGUGAGGGUGAAUCGAGAGACGCAAGGCAGCGCAAACACCAAAAAGAUGUCUGUCUAUCUGAGUAUAUUUGCCAUAGCUCAUGUGUUUCAAUUCUACAUGGCUGCGGAAGCCGUCGUGACAAGAAAUACACUACAAUUUAUCGCUCUAACUCUCUUCAAUGCUCUGCUGCUGCUCUACGCUAUCAUACAGAUAGGCGAAAUCAAAGAAGUGCUGCUGAAUGCCAAUGGAGCCUCGGGCGGCAUUUCUGACAUCCCAAUCAACGUUCUGACUGCAAUAAUCCCUUGCGUGAUCGCAGCUGCCGAACUUGCGUUCAUAGGCCUGGGGUGGAAAAUUUAUCACGAAUUUGGCUGGAAAGUAUACAAGUUCCUUGGGGCUGACAGGAGGAUCAAGAAGCUCUACGCUAAUUAUCAGAUUUAUGAAUGUCUGAUCAAAUUUGACGUUUUCUUCUUUGCGGGAUUUUCGGUCCAGUUUUUAUGGCUGGUGCUUAACAGCAACGACUGGGAAUAUUAUGUGACCAUCGCUGCUCUCCCUCUAUCGAUCGUCCUUCUGGUUGAAGGCCAUUAUGCAGCCAAGCAUGAGAACAAAUGGAUGAUGGCGACCUUUAUGUCAGGCUGUGUAGGUGCGAUGGUGUACUUCAUAUACAAGCUCGUGAAGGUCCUCGUGUACAAGAAUCGAGACUUUGAAUUCAUAUGGAAGUCGCUUACCACUUUCUCCGUCAUUGCGAUCCUAUUGCUCUCGGUGACUUUCGUUUUUUCAUACCUUAUCACGAGGAGUUUUGGCCGAGGAUUGAAGGACUCGCUGAAACGAAAGAACACCAUGUCCGGGAAGAAUCAGUCGCAUAGCAGAGCAGCCAGUGCCAAUCCAAAUCGUAUGAGCAUCGAUUGAGCAUCACACGACUUUCCAUGACAUUUUAUCAUUGUACUGAUUACUUGGGCAUUGCAUUUAUCACUGGGCAUGGACGUUUGACACAGGCACUUUGAAACACAUCUGGCUCUAUCCUUUCGCAUGUUCUGUUGCACCCCAUUACUUUACAUUAUUAUACCAUAAAUUCGGUACCGUUUCGAUCUUUUAACCUGUAGAUUCAGGUGUAGUUGUUCCCUGUUUUAUUUCUCCUGCGUAUAGAUGUAUUGUUAGGCUUGUUUUGAGGCAUUUCUCAGCGCGUGAC